GAAUGGAAAACUGGUUUCCGCCUUUGUGCGGCUAGCUGCGCCGGCGAGGUGUCAUUUUUAGUCUACAAUAAACGACGAGACGCGUUGGAUGUGUUGCUGGCGCGGUUUCGAAGAAAACGAGUGAAUGAAUUGUGUAUGAAGCGCGCAACGAACAUAAAACAAAGAAAAAAUUAUUUACGCAAUUUAAUGAAAUUAAAACACAAGAAUUUUUGCUAAUUGGAAAUUUUUAAGAAAUUGUGAAUUUAUAAAAACAAAUUGAAAAAAGUAGCUUUCUGACUUUUAGUUGCUAUCUGAAAGAGCGCACACGCAUAAAUAUCAAAAACAAAAUAAAAAAACGCCAGCAAAUGUGAGCGCGCGCGUCUCAACGCUUAGUAAACAAAAGCGAGCGUCUGUAAAGUGCUUUCUACUCAAAAAAAAAAUAAUAAUAAUAAUAAAUUAACAAAAUUUCAUUAAAAAAUUUGGUGCCAAAACGCCAUAAAAGUAUUUCAAUGAAAAUGGUAAAAAUUGCCAGUAUACCGCCGUCAAACGCGCUCAGUGAUCAUCAAGCGUUAGCGCUCAGCUACAACCAACAUAUACACAGCCAGCAGCAGAAUCAUAACCAAAAUCCCAAUGCGCAGCAAGAAAGCGCUAACCACCACCAGCCACACCAACUGCAGCAUCAACAACACCAGCAGCAGCAGGUGGCGCCUACAACCAUUGCCUCACACACCGCCGCCUACACGCUCGCCGAGUCCGCGCUGCUCUAUAAAAUGGCGCGCACGCCCCACCUCAAGUCCAGUUUCUCCAUCAAUGCAAUUCUGCCUGAAACGCUAGAGGAUCACCAUCAACAGCCGCCAUCGCCACAGCGUUCACCGCAACACCAGCCGCAUCAUCAUCAUCACCACCACCACAACAACAACAACAACCAUCAUCCUCUCCACGCCACCAGUCACCCGCUGCACCAGCACCCAGCGCUGCAACAUCAAUAUGCCAUACACGUGCAACAACAACAAAACUAUCCAUCACCGCAUGAUAUCGAUAAGUACCGACGCAUGCCGCCCGUCGACUUUCAUGCCUGUCACUCACCGCUCGGCUCGGAGGAGCAUGACGCCUCCGAGGUGGAGUCUGAUCUCGAUGUGACCAGCAUGUCACCUCCGCCGCUGACGGAGGGUAGUGAGGUGAGCGCGCAUAGUUUGGAAAAUGGUCAGCGGAAAUAUGCGCGGCGCAAUGGACGUGGCGCGCGGGAGGGCGCGUCGAUAGGCGGUCGUGUCCAGGCAGAGGAGAGCGCCGAUAGCGAUUUAGAGGGCGCGGAUGAGGAUGUAGAGGGUGAGCUGGAUGGCGUCGUCGAUGAGGAGUGCGAAGAGGAGGAUGUGGACUGUGAUGCGGAGGGUGAGGCGGGCGAAGGAAAUGCGGAGGGCGACGCCGCCGAUGCCGAGAAAACAGCGGAUGGCAAGCCGGCGAGCGACAAGAAGGGCAACGAGAAGCCGCCCUAUUCCUACAAUGCGCUCAUCAUGAUGGCCAUACGGCAAAGUUCGGAGAAGCGGUUGACGCUGAACGGCAUAUACGAGUACAUAAUGACCAAUUUCCCCUACUAUCGCGACAAUAAGCAGGGCUGGCAGAAUUCGAUACGCCACAAUCUCAGCUUGAAUAAGUGUUUCGUGAAGGUGCCGCGCCACUACGACGAUCCGGGCAAGGGCAAUUACUGGAUGCUCGAUCCUUCGGCGGAAGACGUGUUCAUUGGCGGCUCCACGGGCAAGCUGCGGCGACGCACCACCGCGGCUUCACGUUCACGCCUAGCCGCCUUCAAACGAUCUCUCAUCGGUCCCAUGUUCCCCGGUCUGGGCUAUGCGCAAUUUGGCCAAUUUUUAUAUCCACAACAAGCCGCCGCCGCUGCCGCUGCGUCCGCUGCUACGGCGCCCAGCCUGCUGGCCAGCAUGUACAACCGCUACAGUCCGUUUAUGCCAAAGAGUCCGGCGGUGGCAGCGGCAGCUUCUGCUGCGGCCAGCCUGCCUAUGUCUAUGCAAUUGGGCGGCGCUCCUAACUCACCCGCCUCCGUUAUGGCCAACUACAGCAGCGGCAUGGAGCGGCUGUUGGGCGCCUGUGGGCCUCAUCAAACACAUCCUGCCGCCGCUGCAGCGGCGACCAGUGAACUUUAUCAACGUUUGCAAUAUCAGCAAUUGUUGCAACAACAUGCGGCCGCGGCGGCCAUAGCUGCACAUCAGCGGCAUCAACAACAUUUGGCUGGUGCUGGUGCGCCAGCGCCUACGCCGCAAUCUGUCGUCGUUCAGCAUCCGCAGCACGGCUCACCACAUUUGCAACACUUGUCGGCGGUGACGCGACAUCAACAGCAGCUGCAAAUAGGCGCCACGCAUGCACAUCUGGGCGCGCAACAGGCCUCACCCGGCCAGCCCAUUUCGCCAGUGACGGUGGUGGCGCGCAACGAUAGCUGAGUGGGCGCCUGGUUUUGCGGCGCGGCAGCAGAGGAGGCUGUAUGUAUAUAGUAUAUUUAAGUAUGUAUAGUUCAUAAAAGCUGUUAGUUAAUAACUAAACAACAACAAAAAAAAACGUAAGAAAAUUUGUAAACUACGCUUAUGACGUUAAGCAGGCAACGCGUGUGACGCUCAGUGAUCUUGAGUUAGGCCGAAAGUCUCAUAGGGGAGCUUUUGAUUGUAUGAAAUUAGCAAAAUAAAAAUAAUAGUAUUAAAUUGAUAGAAAUUUAGUAAUUGAAAACGAAAAAUAUUAUAAAAAUAAAAUACUUAACAACAAAAAAUGCAUUUGAAAGGAAUGUUCGUUAAAUUGCUUAAAGCGAUGCGCUGGGCAUUGAUUACGAAUAUUGACGCGGUUUAUGUUUGAUGAGCAUGCAUGUAUUUGUAUUUAUAUUACAGUUAGCUAGUAUCGAAUAUGAAAUCUUUCGAAAAAAUC